AUGAUGAAUGCUAUGCUUAUUAGUUCAGGUAUGCCUACUAAUAUGUGGGGUGAAGCUAUCCUUUCUGCUUGUUAUGUCCUUAAUCGAGUUCCCCAUAAGAAGUUAGAUAAAACUCCCUAUGAAUUGUGGAAAGGCUUCAAGCCGAAUUUGGGAUACCUCAAAGUGUGGGGGUGUUUGGGAAAGAUAGGACUUCCUGACUUUCAAAGGAGUAAAAUUGGACCUAAGACUGUAGAUGACCUUCCUAGAGGUUGUAAGCCUAUUAGAGUGGUGGAUUUUACAAAGAAAUGCAAGCCUGAUGGGUCUUUGGAUAAGUAUAAGGCUAGACUUGUAGUUGGAGGGCAUCGCCAAAAACAAGGGUUAGACUUCUUUGAUACUUAUUCUCCUGUGACCAAGGAAAAGGCAGUUCGGCUUCCACCAGUUGAAGAAAUUCGAACUGUUGUUGCUAAUAGUACUCAUGGCGAGUUGUUGCGGCGGAACUCAGAUGACGAAGCAGCGCAGUGA